UCAGCUGUGUCCAAUCACAGCUGAUCACAUGGCACUGAUGAUCAGUGUGCCCUGAUGAUCAGUGUAGCCCCAGCAGUGCCAGCUGUCAGUGUCCAUCAAUGCCAGCUGUCAGUGCUCAUCAAUGCCACCUGCCAGUGCCCAUUAGUGCCUCAUCAAUGCCACAUAUCAGUGCCUACCAGUGCACAUAAAUGCCACAUAUCAGUGCCCAUCUGAGCUUCCUUUCAGUGUCACCUAUCAGUCAGUCAGUGCCACCUAUCAGUGCUGCCAAUCAGUGCCAUCUAUCAGUGCCAGUGCUGACUAUCAGUGCUGCCUAUCAGUGUCCAUCAGUGCUGCCUAUCAGUGCCACUUAACAGUGCCAGUCAGUGCCACCUAACAGUGCCAGUCAGUGCCGCAUAUCAG